UGAGAUGGCGUGUGUUUGCCCGUGAAGCGCAGUGCAGCCAGAGAUAGAGCCGUAGCUGAGUAGCUGCCAGAAGCCAGCGUGAAGCCUUAUGUCGACUAGGCCUAGCCUAUGUAGGCUUAGACCUGUCUGGCGACCCUGACUACUACCAAAUUACGGAGCUCUCACAAAUAAGUUGGUUUCAUUUGAAUAUACUGUACAAAAUGUAAAUGAAGGAGAUGAUGGUCAUGACUGGGUCAGAGAUGAGAUUCAAAUCAUUGGUGCACAUAUGUGCGUCAAAAAUUACAUCAAAUUAUCAGAUGACCAAAGAGGCAGUAAGCAGUGUUCCGCAUGAAUUGUUCCAAAUCCUGCUAGCAGUGGCCGUUUCUAAUAACCAAGCACCAGCAACAAAACUUCUGGUGUCCAGAUGGCCGUAUAAGGUGCUCAAUUUAUGUAACGUUCUGACAAGUGACACCCAGCUACAAUUUUCAUUGGCUGAUAUUACUACCCAAAUAAUGGUUACAGUACUGAGUGCUGUAGUUGGUACCAGCAGCUGCCAAGCAAAGGUGGUUGACCUCCAAGGUGUUCGACUUAGAUGUGUUGACAUGGCAACCUGUUUACAUGCAAUGAUCAAUGCUUUCAAGACAAGCUCAAAUCCUACGUCAGAUAAAGUCAAGGUGAUAUUUGAUUGGACAGUUGAAGAGCAAAAUUUCCAUAUUGUCUCCAAAGCAAUGAACACAUUUUCAGAAAGCUGUAAAGUUGAAUUACAGUGUGGGAAGAUGAAAGCUGAAGGACUGUCAGAAAACAGACUGAUUAGGUUGAUCGGUUUCCUUGACAAGGAUAUAGCACAUGGCUUAAAUCUGAGUUUGAACAGCCUUAGCCAUUCUGGUCUGAAGAUGGUGUUACCUCAUAUAAAAAGAUUGGAAAAUCUUCGUUCUGUGGACCUUUCUUACAACAUUCUCAAUCUUCCACGUGAUAUCAGUGGUGAUGUCUGCAAGUGCAUUAAAGAAGUCUUCAGCAGCCUACCCAGACUGCAGGAUAUAUCUCUUGGCUACAACAGGAUUACUGGCAGACUAAUGGAAAUUAUGAACUCUUUACAGUCUCCAGUUCGAAGUUUGAGAUUAGACAAAUGUUUUCUAAGUUUAGGUGAUUUAAGCUAUAUGUCAAACACAAUGAACACAAGUCAUCUCAAAAUGUUAGACUUAAGUGGCAAUACUCUCUCCAACUACAUCAAGAGUCUGGAAAAUGUUCUACUUAGAUCCUGCCAUUCUCUUGUGCAAUUGAAUUUGGAUGGCACAUCUCUUGCAAACAAUGAUCUUUCAUCAAACAUGCUAAAAAGAACGGCAGCAAGCUUUAAGAAACUCGCGAAAUUUUCUAUCCAGUAUAAUGGUUUUGUUAGUGUAGAACAAAUUGGGAUUGUGACUGCGUAUGCUUCCAUACCGACUCUAAGGUUGAUAAGGAUAACGGUUCAAGCAUCGUCAGAGGUAAUCUAUGGAAAUGAAUUCUUGGAGGAUGUUCUGCUUGGGGGUAACAGGUUUAGUGUUUUGUCUGAAUAUCAAGAAGCUUUGGAUCAACUGCCUGGUGACAAGUCUCGUGUUUUGACUUUAGAAGUAAGGGAUGAACUAACAGGAUGUUUAUUUGUUGAUGCACUUACCUUUAGACUGUAAUUUGGUUAUUAUAUAAAAGAGGACAAAUUUUAUUAGUACUUUACCAGUAUUUGAUAUAAGAAAUAUAUUUAUUUAUUUUAAAUAAAUUGUUUACUACGCAGUGAUUUGAUGUUA